UAUUACAACUUAAAGGACAUUUAUUUUCUUCAAUGUGAAUAUAUUUAUUAACAUUAUCACAAUGAAUUUUGGAAUUAACUGGGAUGAAGAACAUCGACAACCAUUAUUAGAAGCAAAUGCAGUUCUGGAACGUUCAUCGCAGUCUAUUGCUAGAUCUCAAGCAAUUGCUGUUGAAAGUGAACAAAUAGGGACAGAAGUAAUUUCUGAACUGGAUGAGCAAAGAGAACGAUUAUUGCAAGCAGAAAGAAGAUUAUCACAAACAGAUGAAAAAUUAGAUAAAAUAAAACGUAUAUUAAAUGCUAUGCAAAGAAGAGUUCUAAUGAAUAAAUUUGUAUUAAUUUUAAUUAUAUUACUAGAAAUAGCUAUACUUGGUAUUAUUAUAUAUUACAAA